GUUGGGGGCGGGGGGAGGCGGUCGCGUCGUUUUCCGGCUUUCCGGACUCUUCAGAGGCAAGAUGGCGUCGAGCAGCGGGGCUAAAAACUUAGACUUUCGCCGAAAGUGGGACAAAGAUGAAUAUGAGAAGCUUGCAGAGAAACGGCUUACAGAGGAAAGAGAGAAGAAAGAUGGCAAACCAGUGCAGCCUAUCAAGCGUGAGCUUCUGCGGCAUCGAGACUACAAAGUGGAUCUGGAAUCCAAAUUGGGGAAAACUAUUGUUAUUACCAAAACUACUCCUCAGUCUGAGAUGGGCGGGUAUUAUUGUAAUGUAUGUGACUGCGUAGUGAAAGAUUCCAUCAACUUCCUUGAUCAUAUCAAUGGCAAAAAACAUCAGAGGAACCUUGGUAUGUCCAUGAGAGUAGAGCGUUCUACUCUGGAUCAGGUGAAGAAACGUUUUGAAGUGAACAAGAAAAAAAUGGAGGAGAAACAGAAGGAUUAUGACUUUGAGGAGAGGAUGAAGGAGCUCAGAGAAGAGGAGGAAAAGGCCAAAGCCUACAAAAAGGAAAAACAGAGGGAGAAGAAAAGGAGGGCAGAGGAAGACUUGACAUUUGAAGAGGAUGAUGAAAUGGCUGCUGUAAUGGGUUUCUCUGGUUUUGGCUCAACUAAGAAAAGCCACUGAUAAGCCAGAAACUUCAUUUUGAAUGGCUACUGUUUAUGUCCUGAUGAUGCUUCAAAAUCCUAGAAAGACAUUGCAAAGAAUUUGCAUCUAAAUUACCUGAUAUAAAUUGUGAAACAAUUCCAUACUACACAUGUGGGACUGAUUCUGCCCUACCAUAUUUCCCUGGUUGAAAAGAUAGCACCAAGUUUGCAUGUGUAUUGAUAACUCUAAAUCUCAAAUAAAAAUACCAUCAAAUAAUAUCUUCCCUCCCUUGAUUCCCUGACUAUUUAAGGAUACAUCUUUUCUCAAGAUCUGCUUGAAAUGCACACAUAAUUUCACACAGAAUUCUGUGGAGAUUAUAGAUUAAUUUUUAAGCCCUAAAUUUCUCUUGGCCUUGUCUGCAGUUGCAAUUUUCUGGUGCAAGUUCUGUUUGCUUUUUACUUUGUAUUGCAUGCAUGCUUUUUUCUUUUAAUAAACUCAUAAAAAUCUA